CAGUUUUAUCCAUCCAGUUAAGGGAAGAAAGUUGAUUUCUCACUUCUUGACCUAUAUCCCUCAUCAAAAAAUAAAAAAAAUAAAAAAAAUCUUAUUUUCACAAGCUCAGCGGAAUUACUGGCAAACAUGAAAUCCAACUAUGAUCGGAGAAGUGAAUUGAAGGCUUUUGAUGAGUCUAAAGCUGGGGUAAAAGGACUCGUUGAUGCUGGAGUGGAAAAGAUCCCACGGAUAUUCAUCCAUGAGCAAAAUAAGCAUUACAAUGUGUCAGAUUCUUCCUGUGACUCCAAGUUCAGCAUUCCAAUCAUAGACUUUGAAGGCAUCGAUAAAGAUGUUACUCUACGUGAUAACAUAGUUAACAAAGUCCGAGAUGCUUGUGAGAACUGGGGUAUCUUUCAGGUUGUCAAUCAUGGAGUUGAGGUAACUGUGCUUGAUGAGAUUAUCGAUAGGAUACGAGGAUUUCACGAGCAAGACUUGGAGGUUAAAAAAGAAUUUUAUAAACGUGAUUUCUCGAGAAGUUUUAUAUACAACACCAAUUUUUAUUUCUAUCAAGCUCCAGCAGCUAAUUGGAGGGAUACCAUAUAUUGUUCUAUGGCACCUAGUCCACCCAAUCCUGCAGAAUUGCCAGAAAUAUGCAGAGAUACAAUGAUUGAUUACUCGAACAAGGUAAUGAAAUUAGGGCUUUCUAUAUCCGAGUUGCUGUCAGAAGCUCUCGGUCUCAAACGUAACCACCUCAAAGACAUGGGCUGUGUUGAGGGACUUUCUCUUUUGGGCCAUUACUAUCCAGCAUGCCCUGAACCAGAUUUGUCAAUGGGCCUUACCAAACACAGUGAUGCUACAUUCCUCACUAUUCUUUUGCAAGACAAAAUAGGGGGCCUUCAAGUCCUCUAUCAAAAUCAAUGGGUCGAUGUUAUCCCCAUUCCUGGAUCGUUGGUAGUGAACGUGGGAGACAUGAUGCAGCUAGUCUCCAAUGAUAAAUUCAAAAGCAUAUUUCAUAGGGUACUGGCAAAGAAUGUAGGUCCAAGAAUCUCUGUAGCUUGUUUUUUUAGAACACAUAACAAGCAAGGGAGUACCCAUAGGAUUUAUGGACCAAUCAAGGAGUUGUUAUCGAAAGAAAACCCCCCAAUCUACAAGGAUACAACCGUGAAGGAUUAUGUUUCUUAUGUUCAGUCCAUAGUGCUGGAUGGGAAGUCGGGAUUAGAACAUUUCAAAAUUUGAAGUUGGCCAUAUCAAUAUCCGAGGUCUAGCUUUGCUUGGAUAUUCAAUUUCUGUCUCCACAUGUGCAUGUUAAAAAACAUUGUCUGGCGUUGCAUUGUUUGCCCAUCGCCUGGCAUAUCAACUAUCAAGUGUGUCUUAUGUGAAAUAAAUUUGAACUUAUACUGUUAAUAACUUGCUGAAUUGUGCACUUGCUAGCAGCUCUGGUAUGAAUUGCUUGUAGAAUUGUGUCGAAUUAAUGUCGUCCUAUUUCAUACAAUUUAUGAUUCCAUGAUUCAGGCAA